AUGUCACCUUUUUACUGUGUGAAAGAAAGAAAACCAUGUGUGAGAUGGGUGGAGAAAUAUUUCAAGGAUUGCCUCUGCAAUAUGAAAGAUGAAAUCUCCUUCACUUUCGGUAUCACAAGUCUAGUGUGCUGGGGAGUAGCUGAAAUUCCUCAAAUAAUAACCAUUUUUCAUACUAAGAAAAGUCAUGGAGUAUCCCUUGUCUUUCUCCUCACUUGGGUCGCUGGGUCUGCUAGAUCAUUGGCUGGGAGUGGCACUCCACCCUGGGGAACUUACAUGAGAGCUGCUAAAAGUGGUCCUUCAGCCAUGGAAUACAUCAGUGACUCUUCCGAGGAUGAAGCUCCUCCACUUUCCUCAAAACAUAAUGCAAGGCCAAUCCCACGUCCUGUAGCU